CUCGUUUCUUCAAGCCGCAGGGUUUUUAUCACCGUCCAUGGCAGAAGCAAGGGCUAUCAUUUAUCGCAGUCUUCUAUACCUUUCGCAAGCUCCAUUUUUUGGCUCGGCAGUCGAGUCAUUAACACAAGAUGACCUCUUCAGGGCAAUAGUGCAGGCCGACUAUGAACGCUCUCGUCGAGCUUACGAAGAGGGAAAUAUGUCCCGAGCCAGGACGCCAGGCGAUACCCAGCGUCUCCUCUUCCAAAGCCUAGCGACGGCCCGUGAUGGUAAAUACUUCCCAGUCAACACAGAUGAGGCAAGGAAGCAGGCAGAACGCAGGGCAUUUGACCUGCCGGAAUCUACCCGGGAGUUUGGCCAGACCAACUAUGACGAAGAUGGGGAUGAGAUGUUCCAUGACCUCCUUGACACGCUCUAUAAUGUACACGAGCAUCGCAUACCCCAAUGGUUUUGUGUCCCGCGGGACCGGUUUCGAACACUGGCUAAAGAGAUUCGCCAAGGUGACGAAGACGAACUCCGUGAUCUCAGUAUUCCACGGGAUGAUUUCAGAGCCUUUGUGAAACUCCUAUUGAUCGCGCAUGUUGGGCGGCCACUUGUGCAGACAGUGUAUUCUGAAGAGCUAGAUCAAAUCUCGGACUGUAUCGUCAGAAGCUUUGCUCAGGUUCCUAAUCUCGGCAUUACGUGGGAUAUGUUUGAGCAGGCUAGUCAUGCAACCCCUGCACUAUUAAAGGGCCUCCACCGUCUUCUAUCCAGCUUUUAUACACCAUUAGAGACGCUUGAUAUUCGAGACCUCCCAAAUAAAGCAGGACACAUAGCCAGCCGGCCAAUUCUCUCUCAGCUGGGGCUUAUAAUCUCCCAGUCAGACAACUUCGAAUACGACUACUUCGAACUGUACAGGUACUACGACAUGACGAAACAUGAGGGAGAGGUUAUUGACGUCGCCAAGGUGGCAGAAGAUAUGACUGCAGCCGAGGACCCCAUCACUGUCCUCAUAUCCGGUAAAACCACGCAAACUAACGAAAAGGCUAUUUUCGGAUACUACCUGCCAUUUCGUGGUCACGAUGAACACGGAGACGUGGAUCCUUGUCUUCUCUUCCAACUUAGUCCAAUCCAUGAUGUCUUCCGAGGAGAUAACGCUGGCCGACCAGGAUGGGAGAUUUGCAGUCAGAGCCUUAUCUUUGGAAAGAAAGACGAGGGGGUGGCAUUAGUCUUGGAAGAGGAUUGUAAGCGUGCAGUGCUGUUUCACAAUAUAUCUGGUGAUGCUUUGUACGAAGCCACAGCUUGGAGGGGAACUUGGCAAGUGGAUGUGCAAAUUGAAGAAAUUGAGAUGUGGGUAGAGUGAUUAUUAUAGGGAUAUGCUAGUUGAAGCAGGGUCGAUAUUAAUUAGGGCUAGCACAGGUUGAGUAGACAGCAACAAAUGGGAGCCUACCGGG